UUUAAAGGAAAACCCAUGGGCCAUUUGUAGUUUUAUAUAAAAGGGCGUGCGCCGCUGAUACAGGCAUCAAACUCACCUACUACUUCACACCCUUUAAGAAGUUUUAAGUGGUCUUAGGAUCUACUCACUCAUUAAAGAUUAAGAUGGCCAGUUGUAAAUUUCUGUGCUUAGCCUUAACCGUAGUGUUGCUUGGAUCUACGAUUUUCCCACCCUUUGUAGCUGCUGGCGGUGGAUUGAGAUACAAGAAACUUUUGGCUGCUUACUUGAUCGCCAAAGCCAUCAAGCCUAGAUUUGUGCCAAUCCCAUUGCCUCUUCCAUUCCCAAUCAAAUUGGGAAAAGACAGCCACGUUAAAUACCCUGUCCACAGCCACAGUGCAUCUGCCCAUGCUCAACUGAUCCAUCAUGACCCAUACCAAGGAGGACAUGGUGGAUAUGGAGGUGGAGAAGCUUACUGGUAAUCUAUCACCUGAAAUUCUAGCUCACUAUUAGUUUGCGGUGGCAGAGGUUGGUUUCCAUUCGAAUGGAGAAGAAUCGUCUCUCACCAAAUGUCACAAAAAAAAACUGUAAAUAAUUUCGUUUUUUCAAUUUUUACCUGUACCUCAUCCUUGUCAGCGUCUCCUACAGUCAUCAUAUGCGCUAAUACAUACCCUGUACAUAUACGUAGCUACGUUUUUAUUAUUAUUUUAUUGAUCAAUAAAGUAACAAUAUUUUUUUAA